AUGCUUUCGAUACUGGCUGUCAUCGGAUGUGUCGCUGUCUUCAUGACACCAGGACUAUGCUGUCUUUCUAAGGAAUAUGCAACAAGUAGUGGACAAUGUUGUCCGAUGUGCAUCAAAGGUCAUGGUCUCACUGUCGUACAGGAGUGCACAGCAACAAGGGACACAGAUUGUGGUGCUUUACCUGGAUACUUCUGCAAAGAUCUGACGCAUGAUACAGGAUGUUGAGUGGCACAAAAACAUGCACGCUGUGAACCUGGUCACAGGAUAAAGACACCAGGUAAGAAAAAUUAAAGUCAGACUAGUCUGACAGUGAGCAGCUUUACAGGAACCCUCCCUGACAG